CUGAGAUAAUUCAUUAGCGACAGUGAUACCGUGCUUCGUGCAGAAACGGUGGAUCUGAAAUAGUAUCUUUUUCAUGCAGAUUUGAAAGUGGAAUGUUAGUUGCUGAGUUCUUUAGGAGAUAGUAAUAUGUAUUUACCACAAGUGGAUGGAAAUGCUACUGCAAUUCUGCAGCCUUUACCAUUGCAUCAAUUAGAUAGCGAAUCACUUAAAGUACUAGGAUGGAAUCUACCGUCAGAGCACUUGCACUUGGUACACCCCCACUGGAGAGGGUAUCCUGCUCCGCCAUUCUUUUAUCACUUGCUGCUGGUGCUGAUAUAUUUCGCACUCAUGGUUACUUCAGCAUUUGGAAAUGGAAUUGUUAUUUAUAUUUUCACAACGUCUAAAUCCCUACGGACACCUUCAAACGUACUCAUAGUAAAUUUAGCAAUUUUCGACUUUAUCAUGAUGUUAGAGAUGCCAAUGUUCCUGGCGAAUUCAUGUUUUGAGAGGAUCGUGGGCUUCGAACUUGGAUGCAACAUAUACGCUGCGCUGGGAAGUGUCUCAGGAAUUGGUGCAGCAAUUACCAAUGCUAUGAUUGCCUACGAUAGAUACAAGGCCAUCUCUAGUCCACUCGACGGUCGCCUGAACUUCGUCCAAGCCGGUCUUUUGGUAUGGGUGACAUGGUUAUGGACUAUGCCUUUUACUAUUUUCCCAUUUGCAAAUAUUUGGGGAAGGUAUGUGCCAGAGGGUUUCCUAACGACCUGCUCGUUCGACUACCUAACCGAUGACAAUGACACACGUGGCUUCGUGGCUUGCAUAUUUGUGUGGGCCUACCUCCUCCCCAUGAUCCUGAUUGCUUUCUUCUACGCGCGGCUUUUCAAGCAUGUCUGUGCUCAUGAAAAAAUGUUGCGAGAACAAGCGAAAAAGAUGAAUGUCAAAUCAUUAUCGGCCAACCAGGAUCAAAAUGCCACAAGCGUUGAAAUCCGUAUCGCCAAGGCAGCUUUCACUAUAUUUUUCCUAUUCAUUUGCGCCUGGACACCAUAUGCAAUAGUCACGCUGUUGGGAGCCUUUGGAGAUAAGAGACUUCUUACGCCGGCAGCAACAAUGAUCCCAGCGAUUGCUUGUAAGAUUGUUUCAUGCAUGGAUCCUUGGGUAUAUGCUAUCAGCCACCCUAGAUAUCGGAUGGAACUAGAAAAACGUCUCCCAUGGAUUGGCAUCAGGGAAACAUCCGUAAGUGAUAACAAAUCAGUUUGUACUGAGGGAGCGGAAACAAGCACCACAGCGUAAUCAAAUCAGCACGAUUAGAUGCAACUAGAAGAACACUUCGAAUAAGGACUUCAAAUAAGGACUUUACUUAUCAAAGGCAACAAACGCUAAAGCUUUCAGGACUACGAAUUUAUGACUUAACGAAAAUAGAUCGCCAAAACGGAUUUGGUAGAUCUAUGUAGGAAUUUAGUGGAAAACAUGUACAGAUAGGCAACAAUGAGCAAUUUAUAAAAAUACAAAAAAAAAUAUGCGGAGUCAAACGAAAAUUCGUUGGGAAUUGACAAUGCGCUUAAGUAUUUCUUUGAGAAAUAGACUAAAAGCUUUAAUGCUAAUGAUCCGAAAAAUAAAUAUAUUAUC